AAUCCUGUCGGUGUUUUUGAUGUUGGAAGGCAUGUUUGGAGCAGCUGAUGCGAAUCAUAUUUGAUUAUUUUAAUUUAAAAUGAAUAAAUGACAUUUAUUUUAAAUAGUACCUCUGACAAAAUACGUAGUUUAUAUGAGAUAUGGCUAAAAUUUUUAGUGAUAGUGAAAAGGGUUCGAAAAGUAAGCGAGAAAGUGCAGAUGAUUCUGAAGAUGAAAGUGAAAAUUUGGAAGAAAGUCCUUGUGGUCGAUGGCUCAAGAGAAGAGAAGAGGUUCAGCAAAGGGAUAUUCCUGGAAUUGAUGCAGCUUAUCUUGCUAUGGAUUCUGAAGAAGGUGUUGAAGUUGUCUGGAAUGAAGUUUUAUUUUCUGAACGAAAAAGUUUCAGGUAUCAAGAGAGUAAAAUUAGAGGUGUGUUUGAUAGUUUGACACAACUUAAUCAUGCUAAUAUCGUAAAGCUCCAUAAAUAUUGGAUUGACAAAGAAGCUGAAAAGCCGAGAGUUAUCUUUAUUACAGAAUACAUGUCUAGUGGAUCUUUAAAGCAGUUCUUGAAAAAAACUAAGCGUAAUGUUAUUAAAUUGCCAAUCCAGGCAUGGAAGCGUUGGUGUUCUCAAAUUUUAUCUGCGUUAAGUUAUUUGCAUUCAUGUUCUCCUCCUAUUGUUCAUGGAAACCUUACUUGUGAUACUAUUUUUAUCCAACAUAAUGGACUUAUUAAAAUUGGAUCUGUUGCACCUGAAGCUAUACAUCAUCAUGUGAAAACUUGUAGAGAAGAUCUGAUGAAUAUGCAUUUUAUUCCACCUGAAUAUGGAAGUAAAGCAUUUACCAUGGUCACCCCAGCUGCAGACAUUUAUUCAUUUGGCAUGUGUGCUUUAGAGAUGGCUGCUUUAGAAAUAUCUGGAAAUGGAGAAGGCAGCAGUCAAGUUACUGAAGAUGCUGUAAAUAAAACUAUAGAAGCACUAGAAAACUCUUUGCAAAAGGAUUUUAUACAAACUUGUUUGAAAAAGAAUCCUUUGGAACGGCCAUCUGCACAAGAAUUAUUAUUCCAUCCUGUGAUAUUUGAAGUGCACUCUCUUAAACUUCUUGCUGCUCACAUAAUUGUUAAAACUGCAUCAUAUCACCCAGAUCAGCUUACUGAUGAAGCUCUGCAAACAAGAUAUAACCAUCAAUCUGAUUUUUUGGCUUCAAUUCCUCUCAAAGGUGGCAAAAUUGGCCCUUCAAUUUCACGGACUGAAGUUCAAAAGUUGGAAGUAGAGAAGUUUCUUGAUGAUGUUAGAAAUGGAAUAUAUCCUCUUACAUCAUAUGCUGCAACUCAUUGUCCUGUUGUGCAAGAAAGAACAAAUACUCCUGAUAUGUCUGAUUCGAUGAAGUCAACAUCUCCUGAAGUGCAAGAAAUGGAAACUAGACGAAUUAUUAACAUCAUGUGUAAUAUAAAGCCACAGGAUGAUAGCUUAAAUUUAUUGAUGACUGUACUGCUAAGAAUGGAUGACAGAAUGAAUCGACAAUUAUCAUGUGAAGUUACUCCAAAGGAUACACCUAAUGAUUUAUCAGAAGAGUUAGUGCAGCAUGGAUUCAUUAAUCAGGCUGAUCGUGAGAUGGUUGCUACUUUAAUUGGUGAUACUUUGAGCCGCAGGCACAUUCCUGACCUCCCAACUGUGGCACAAAAUGAAACUACUUAAAAAGAAUUAUUUACGUGGAAUCUAUUGUACUCAAUAUUGCCCAAAUUAAAUUGUGCCAUGUGUGUUUUGAAACAAUUGUGUACUUUGCUUCCACUUGACUGACAAUUUUACUAUGCUUUUGUGCAGUGGGUUUUGUACGUUAUGAGCCUACUAACUUUAUGUUGUGCAUGUUGUAAAAUGUUGAUUUUUUUUUAAACAAAUUUUGUGAGGAAAAACAUUUCUGAAAAAUUAUGAAUUCCUAUGCACACUUUUUUUUUGAGUUAAUUAAAUGAUUCUUUUUUAUUAUUAUUAUUUUUGAUUUGUUGCCAGCAUGAUUUCUCUGUCUCCGUCAACCCUCCCCCAAAGAAAUUUAUUGCGGGCAAAAUGAGUUUGCCUGCAUUUGUUUCUUUUUUAUUUUUGCAAAUUGUCUUGCAUUUCUUAAAUUAUUUUUUAAACUACACAAUUGAAAAUGCACCAACAUAUUUGAUUGCUUUCAUUUCAAAAAAAGAAAAGAAAGUGAAAGAAUGGUAAUGCAAAUGUGACACAUUUUUUUUUCAAUCUUGUUAGUGAGAUCUACUGUUCUUUAUAUUUGUUCUCACCAGAGAACUUUUCAAACUUAUGCCAGAAAGAGCUUGAAACCAUACAUAUGUCUAGAUGUAUGAAUACAUAUGUAUUGUUUACUAGUUAUGCUAGUUAUGUAUAAUUUGUGUUUAAAUGUAAAAUCAGGAUUUUUUUUCAAUACUUAUGUUUUUUUUUUCAGUAAGUGUAAAGUGCGUAUAAUCUCGAUUGAAAAUGCUUUUUAUUGUUAAAUAUUUCAAAUGAUUAUAAUCCAAGAUAAAUGAGCUCAAAUAAAUAUUUUUAAAUAAAUAUUUUUAAUAGUUAUAUUUAGGCUAAAGUUAAAAAUUUUGCAUUUGAAACUAUUUUAUAUUUAUACAUUAUGUCCGUACUGGAAAGGAAACUACAUCUUGAUAAUAUCUAUUCAUAUUUAGAUGCUGUUGACAUUUGAUAGUUUUCUACUUACAGCUUAUUAUCUUAGAAGCAAAGUUGUUUCUAAAACAUGAUCAUUAGAUCCUUCAUUACAAGUUAUAUAGAAUAUAACCUCUUUUGUUACAUUUAGUAACCUUUUAAAAAAAUUUGGGCUAUGGAAUCAAGACUUGAUAAAAAGGUUUUAGGAAGGUAUGGGGUAAGUUGCAAUUUCUAAAUUCACCUUGGGCCUAUUUGUAUGUUUGUGUAUACAUAUUUUUUAAGAUUCAUGUAUGACAUAUGUGCUUUAAUGUAAUACAUAUUUUAUGUUUUAAUUGCCAUUGUGUUGGAUUUUGCAUUUAAAAAAUGUUUGUCUCAAUAUAUCUUUACAUAUUUUUGUUAACUUGUGAUCAUUGUAUUUAGCUAUGUAUAUUUGUAUUCUUUGUUGUAAUUUAUCUUGUGUUUUUGUAUAUUUAUCCCAACCUUAAUAUAUUUACGA